AUGUCAGGUAGAGGUGAAGGUGAAGGAAAGGGUAAUGACAAUACCAACAGCUCAGAGGUAAGGAAGGACAGAGUGGUGACUACGGUGGAGGGGAUGCCAAUCAACGAGCCGUUUGCCACUCAGCGGGUUGGUCAGCAUGGUCCACUUCUGAUGCAAGAUUCGAGUUUGAUCGAGCUGUUGGCUCAUUUCAACAGAGAGAGAAUACCGGAGAGGAAUCCGCACGCUCACGGGUCCGGUGCAUUUGGGUACUUUGAGGUGACUGACGACAUUACGGACAUUUGUGGGUCUGCGAUGUUCAGCGAGAUCGGCAAGAGGACCAGAUGUCUAACGCGGUUUUCGACCGUUGGUGGCGAAAAGGGGUCGGCGGACACCGUGAGGGACCCUAGAGGGUUUUCAACGAAGUUUUACACGGAGGAAGGAAAUCUGGACUGGGUGUACAACAACACGCCCAUCUUCUUCAUUCGUGACCCGGCGAAAUUCCCACAUUUCAUCCAUACGCAGAAGAGGAACCCUCAAACCAAUCUGAAGGAUCCAGAUAUGUUUUGGGAUUUCUUGACUACGCCGGAAAACCAGGUUUGCAUUCACCAGUUGGUGAUUCUGUUCUCGGACCGGGGGACACCGGCUAGUUACAGGCAUAUGAACGGGUACUCUGGUCACACUUACAAAUGGUCCAACAAGAAGGGAGACUGGCACUACGUACAGGUUCACAUCAAGACCGAUCAGGGCAUCAAGAACUUGACAAACGAGGAGGCUAUGAGGAUCGCGGGUGAGAACCCGGACUUUUGCCAGAAGGACCUGUUCGAUAGCAUCGAGAAGGGGAACGCGCCAAGCUGGACCGUUUUUAUACAGACCAUGACCGAGCAGGAGGCCAAGAGGCUGCCUUUCUCUGUAUUUGACUUAACUAAAGUUUGGCCGCACAAACAGUUCCCCUUGCGUCGUGUGGGAAAGCUGGUGUUGAACGAGAACCCUCAGAAUUUCUUUGCGCAGGUCGAACAGGCCGCCUUUGCACCCAGCAACACUGUACCAUAUCAGGAGGCCAGUGCAGAUCCAGUUUUGCAGUCCCGCCUGUUUGCGUAUUCGGACGCUCACCGCUACAGACUAGGACCAAACUUCAACCAGAUCCCUGUCAAUUGCCCUUACGCUUCUCGUUUCUUCCACCCGGCCAUUCGAGAUGGUCCCAUGAAUGUUAAUGGUAAUUUCGGUGCCGAACCAAAUUAUCUAGCCAACAGUAAGCAGUACCAGUUCCUGCAACAGGAAAGACCCAUUCAACAGCAUCAGGAGGUCUGGGCAGGCCCGGCUACUCCAUUCCAUUGGGCAACUUCUCCAGGUGACAUUGAUUACGUCCAGGCCAGAGACCUUUACAGAAAAGUUUUAGCCAGGCAGCCAGGUCAGCAGGAGAACCUCGCUCACAACAUUGGUGUCCAUGUUGCGGGCGCACGACCCGACAUCCAGCAGCGUGUUUUUGAGAUGUUUGCUCGCGUCGACAAGCAGCUGGCCGCUGAUAUCAGAAAGGAAUGUAGUGCUGCUUCGUCCGGAUCCGAGCUACGUUCCAAACUGUGA